GACUGUUUCACUGCGGGACGUGAACAUAGCAUGACACAACAACGAAGAUGGCGUGUUGUGGGAACUGUUUUUGUUGCCAAUGUUGCUGCAGAGAAGGAGAAACACGGACACCAGAGGAACUGGUAAAUUGUCUUAAAUAUGUGGUUAAGUGGGAACAUAUUGAGGACUUUAUCUUGAGUCAUGCUUUCUCAGAUUAACCUCUUACCUUCUCUCAGUGUCCUGCUCUAGUUUGCUUACUCCACCCUGCUCACUCUCUCCACUCAGUGUUGUAUCUUUUGCAAACAAACCACAAUAACCUUCAGUUAAAUUCAAUGCAUAAUUGAUAACGAGGCUAAAACAGGCAAGUACUUUUAGUGUAACUUUGCUUAAGAUGGAAAUCACUUGCUGUUUUUCUUUAUGCUGAUGGGGUUCUGGACUGUAGACUAAUCUCCAUUUAUAAAUCUAACAAGUUAAAGCCUUUCUUGUUUUUAUUAGAUCUACUUUUCACCUCUUUAUAGGAUUUUUACUGUAAUGUUUUUAUCAAAGUCUCUUCUUUCAUUCGGUGUGCAAAUUGUACACCAGUUACCUUUUUACAGUAGAAAUCCACACCUCUAAUUUAUGACAAGACCCUAUAAAUCCAUCUAACUAACCUUGAGUUUAAUCCAAGUAUGAUAUUGUUUGGCGGAUUAUUUGAAAUCGAAUUAACCUUAAUUAACAAAUUGUGGCCUUAAGCUAUGUAAACUUGUGCUCUGAAAAGCUGUAUUCUUUUUUGUAAAGCAUUUUUUACUGCACAGAUUUAUGAAUGGAGAAGAUAAGGUGUGUUGUUUUGUUAUUACAGAUAAGAUUAGGAUAUGAAUCAGCAUUUAGGUCUAAAUUUAUUGUGUGGCCUUGUUUCUAAAAAAACUUGUCUCUGCUAUGACUUGUGUGUUGCAAUAAUAUUCUUCCUGUUUUUUCUACAAGACAAUUCUUGGGGAAAUUAGAGAAGAAGAAGAUGAAAUCCUGCCCAGGAAAGACUAUGAGGUGAGGAACUUUUUAGGGUUGAAAUCUGUUAUUUAGAGACAGUGCUUUGAGCCUGUGUUGCUGUUUACAUGCUGUCCCUGGUGCACGUGUUAGUCUGUGGUUAUCUGACCUUGGUCUUAAUCUCACACUGUUUAUUUUGGCUUCUGCAGAGUUUGGAUUAUGACCGCUGCAUCAACGAGCCCUAUGUUGAGGUCCUGGAGGGGAUGGACAACAAAGUAAGGGGAAAUAUAUUGAGUCUCGUGCUGAGGAUGAUUGGUUAUUAUUUUUUAUUGUGUGGCUGGUUUGAGUUUUGACAAAAAAAUAUGAAAAUCUUAAAGCCUCUUUGUUGGUCCUCAGCUGUUGUUUGGACAAACCAAACUUCUUUCUUGUACUUAAUCCAACUGCAGAAUAAGUAAUUUAAGUUUGUUAUGAGACAGAAGGAGGAUUAUUCAUUUUUUCAGAAAACUCUCUUUUACAUGCACAAGACAAGCUCAGAGAUAAGCUGCGUCACUUGGUUCACAGGAGGUGCCAAAAUCAACACAAACAAAGGAGCUUUAAAUAUCAUACCAUUGCUUAGUCCUGUUUAAAAAAAGCAAAUGUAGGCGCUCACAAGCGAAGGGGAAAGACACAAAGGGUGUUUUAAGUAGCAGGCUUUAUUCUGAUUCAAUUCAAGAACAUAAUCUUAGAGCAUGUGUAUUCAGCUUCAAUAUAAAAGUCAAAAUGGCCAAAAAAACCCCCCAAAAACCCAGCAACUUUCAUAGUAUUUUCAGCUCUUGAAGUCAGGUUCUCUAUCUGAACUUAAUUUUCUUUCACUAACAGAAAGCUGGAAAGUAUGAGGCUGUGCGGUGGCUGAUGGUGUUUGCUAUUGGAGUCACUGUGGGUCUGGUAGGUGCGAUUUGAAGUAUCUUGGUCAUCAUAACACAGAUCUUUAUAUGAGAAGCAUAUUUCAAAUGUUACUGAAGAUCUUUGUAGUCUCAUAUUUUUUCUUAUCGCUGCAAAUCUGCUGGUGUUUUUUGCCUCAGACGCUGUAAUUUUGAGCAAAUGUUUCCCCGUGUAUUGUCUAAAAACUUUAGCUAUUGUAUUCAAUAUUUUGAAUGGAAUUGAAUGUUGUUAGUUUUCUUUAUUUUCCAGAUGUUUGUUGAAUACACCAUCAUGUCGAGGCUGUUUUAUUGUAAUGUAAAAAUGACAGUUCAAUCAGUUCAUUUGAGUCUGAGUCUUCUUUGUGUCUCUUCGCUUCUCUUUCAGGUGGGCUUGUUUGUAGAUUUCUUUGUUCAUCUCUUCACAAAAAUCAAGUUUUCUCUGGUUGGUGACUGUAUCCUUUCACAUGCCUCUACAGUCCUUUGGAUAUAAAACAACUGAGAGAGCUCUCACAUCGGUAUUCAAUCAUCUUGGGUGGGGGUGCAGCUUCACAAAAUUAGAAACCCAAAAUUUAUUACUGUUGAUUCCUCCUUAACUAAGAGUCUUCAGCUAUAGAGAAGUGCAGCGAUAAAGGCUGCCUCGCUCUGUCUCUGCUGGAGCUCCUCUCCUUCAACAUGUUCUUUGUCUUUAUCGCCAGUGUGCUUGUCCUCAUCGAGGUAAGAUUUGCUUAUUUUUUCAUCUACAGCUUUAGUUAUUUUCUGCUGAUGUUGGUUUUCUGUUGCUCAGUUUGAUAUUUUCAUCAGAGGAUGUCUAAAAAAGUUAAGAUAAAAAGAAUUGUCCUCACACGGAAAAUUCAAACACAAACUUUGACACACACACAUUUUUUUCCCCCCUGAAGAAUAAAAAAAAAACCUGUUAAUAUGUUUACUCAACAGUGUUUGCCAUUAUUGUCACUUUACAGGUUUUGCAGCCUUGAAGUUAUUGACUUAUGAUUUAAUGUUACUCAAUUUUAAGAAAGACGGAAAGUUGUGUUUGUGAUUCUGUGCUGUGGUGUGAUGUGAUGAUGCUAACAUGCUGAUAUUUUGAUUUCUUGUUUUCAGCCUGUCGCUGCAGGUUCAGGAAUCCCAGAAAUCAAAAGUUACCUGAAUGGAGUGAAGAUUCCCGGAAUUGUCCGGCUACGAACUUUUCUCUGCAAAGCUGCAGGAGUUUUGUUCAGUGUGGCUGGAGGUGAUGAUAAAAUUCAACAACGGGCAUUUACAAAACUUAAUAUUGGCUGUUUUUUGAUGAAAUGUAACAAGACUGCACACUUGCAAAAAAAACGUGGCUUACAUUAUUCUUUAAAUCAAAAAUUUCGCAAAAUAUUAGGAAGUUUGCUUCUUGUACUUCAGAAAAAAACGCUGCCGUAUAUUUUUCUUAAUUAAAAAUAUAACUAAUCUCAGGAUUAUGAGAUACAUUUUUAACAAUUAAAAAAUAUUCCCUUUUGUACAAAUUGCUGAUAUAAUUAUCUCAUCAGAGAAAAUAAAUUCAGUUCUAAUCUUUGAAUACACAAAAGCAGAAAAUAUCUUGCUACUGUAAGUGCUGCACCAAAGCAGUGGUCAAAAGUACGCAGCUGUAUCGACUCGUUUACAGUAGAUAAGUGCAGUUUUGCAGUUUUUGUUUACGAGGCACUGGCUGUACUAAUGUAGUUUGGUAUUUUCUGCUGUGAACCCUCCCUUCUGCCGUUCCAGAGGGAAAUAUUGUACUUGUACACUGAGGGUAAUGCAUGAAAGAAAGUUGCACCAUCUCUGAACUACUAUAUGGACUGUCCUUUCUAUCUUCAGUUUCAUAUCAGGACAUGAUGAUGCAGAAAAAUACAGAUACAGUGACUCAGCAAACAGAUCAGUUAGUCACGUACAGAUAUUUUGAAGAAUCAGGAGCAUUGAGUUGGAGUUGUGUGUUUGUUGUGUGUCCUCUUAGGUCUGUUUGUGGGGAAAGAAGGUCCGAUGAUUCACAGUGGAGCCAUAGUGGGAGCUGGUCUUCCUCAGGUACACAGACACACACCUGAACGCAUGAGCUGAGAACAAGCAUGAGCACUUUUUAUGCUGAGACUGAAAUGUUGAUAAAAUGUAUCUCUUGUCUUAUGUGUUUUUUGGGGGAAGGUGAAAAAUAUGUGAAGUUACUUAGGAUUUUACUGCACUUGUCUGUCAAAUAUUGCAAGCAUUAUAAAAAGCAUUUUGAAAAUUAUCUUUCACCUUUAAAUUAAAUAAUACUCAGGCUGCAUGAGUCUCUUAAACCUAAUCAUCCAGAGUUCUGGUGGCUGAGUUUUCCACUUCAUUCACCUAAAAGAUACUAAAGGUUUCCAGAAAAAUUUGCAGAUUUAAUCAAAGUCAUGAUGUUAUUUCCACUUUGCUUCUGUUUGCAUCAUGCCUCUCCUAAAUGAGGAAUAGAAACUUUUUGUUUUUAUUGCAGUAAAAUCAGAUUUUUGUAGUAUAUUCUGAGCAGCUGCUUGGUUGGAAAUGAGUAGAAUUGCAUUUUAUAACAAACCAUACUGUUAAGCUGCUUUAGCUGAUGUAUUUGUCCCAUUUUGGCUUUUCUAUUUUUAGUUUCAGAGCAUCAGUUUCAAGAGGAUCAAGUUUGAUUUUCCGUACUUCCGCAGUGACAGGUAAAUCUGUUCCUUACUCUGUCCGAUUCAUUGAAGUCAACAUAUAAAAGCAAGUCUUUGUUGUUUUUCAGGGACAAGCGGGACUUUGUGUCGGCUGGUGCUGCAGCUGGAGUCGCUGCUGCCUUCGGUGCUCCUAUAGGAGGGACGCUCUUCAGUUUGGAGGAGGGCUCGUCUUUCUGGAACCAGGCGCUCACCUGGAAAGUGGUGAGUCAAGUCAUCAAGUCAGUGUAGACCAAGAGGGACACAAAACAAUCUGUUUUUUUUACUCUCCUGAAAAAGGAAAGUUUUGUGUUUGUCCAUUUUGACCAAUGUCGCACAAGAAGGGAUGAAUCUUUUUCCUGUCAGCUGGUUGUAGCAUGUCUAGCUUCACCCUGAAGAGUCAAAUUGAUUUGCUUGUGUCUCUCACGGAAGAGUGCCAAAUUAGUAGGACAACACGGAUCUGUUGUUUUGGUCCCAUAUUAAUCCAGUACUACUUGUCUGAGUCUGAGUCUGAAUCUUCUGUUUCAGCUCUUCUGCUCCAUGUCUGCCACUUUCACGUUAAACUUCUUCCGUUCUGGGAUCAACUUCAACAAGUGGGGCUCCUUCCAGCUGCCAGGUCUGCUCAACUUUGGAGAGUUUAAGGUAAGAAGUUGAUCACUGAGUUUGUUUUGUCUGAAAAUAUGAUUUGACUCAUUUUCAGUACAUUUCUUAUUGAUUGCUGAGUGUGUCUUACCAGUGUCCGGAUGGAGAUAAGAACUGCCACCUGUGGACGGUGGUGGACUUGGCUUUCUUCGUCCUGAUGGGGGUGGUGGGCGGCCUGCUGGGGGCACUGUUCAACUGCAUGAACAAGAGUUUGUCCAAAUACCGUAUAAAACACAUUCAUCCAAAGGCCAAGUUCAUCAGGUAAGAACUACCUCAUAAUAAACUUGUCUAAAGGUUUCAAAUCAAGAUUUUUGAAAGCAAAGCUGUGUCUCAGAUUUCCUUCUUUCUACUAAUGUAGAAGUUGAUCUGAUUCCUGCAUUUAUUCCAGAGUUCUGGAGAGUCUGCUGAUCACCAUGGUGACAUCAGUGGUGGUAUUUGCAGCGUCCCUGCUCUUGGGCGAAUGUCGUGAUCUGUCCAGCCCCACAAACCACAACUCCACAGUAAGCUAACUUUUUUUCUCCCCUCUGAGUAAAGAAGCUUAAAACAGAUUCAGACAGAUUUAAAAACAGACAGGUAAUCUGUUUUGGUGCAAAUGAGUGUGGCUUAUGUAAAUAGUUUUAUCUAAUAUGUUAACGCUCCCAGGUCAUAUAAAAUUGAAAAGUCUAAGGUUAUACUGCAGGCCUCACGGUUGCACUUAUCUCAUAUGAAAUGUUUUCUGUCAGCUGUCUGGCAGUGACGACAUCAACUCGACCAUCCGCCAGUUCUUCUGCACCAACAAGACCUACAACGACAUGGCUACGCUGUUCUUCAACCCUCAAGAGGCUGCUAUCCAUCAGCUUUUCCACCAAGACGGUGAGAAGAGAAAAACACAUUCUUCCUGAAAGCUUUUGCAACUUUACUUCUUUGUCCUGGGUCAUUGAGAUUAUGUCAUUGUUUUCUAUGUUUGGAAAAGAGAGUAAAAUGACUCAUGUGUCUGUGGAGUUUUUCCUAAAAAUUGCAACCUUCAGUUUCUUCGUUUUGGUGCCACCUUUACACUUUUCUCUUUUUCCCUCAGGAACCUUCAGCCCUGUCACGCUCUCUCUGUUCUUCCUGCUGUAUUUUCUGUUGGCGUGUUGGACAUAUGGUGUGUCUGUGCCCAGCGGUCUGUUCGUCCCCUCUCUGCUGUGUGGUGCUUCUUUUGGACGUCUGGUUGCCAACAUCCUGAAAGUGUAAGACUAAACCUCUCCAAAAGCACAUUUGAACAAAGUCUGUCUGUCACAGAUUCUCAAAAGCAGAUAAACAACAACCUUGAAACAGCUAUAUAUUUCAUGUAAAUAGGAGUUAAAUACUUUGUUAAAAGCAAAACAACAACAUAAAUUUGAGGCCAUCAAAAUGUUGAGGUUUUAUUUUUUAUAUGAUGCAGAAAAUAAUUCAGAAUUCUGGAGAAAAAUGUUAGUCGAGGGGUUUUUAGGUCCACUUUUUAACUUUAGACAGAGCCCAGCAAGCUAUGUAUCUCCCUCAGUUUCCAAGCCAGUGCAGAUGUGCCACUGUUUAGUCAGACAACAGUGGAUAUGUAGUAUUGACAAAUGAAAUCUCAGAUCUAACUCUUGAAGAAAGUUACAGAGCACCUAAUGUAAAAGGAAACAAAUUAAAGUGAAAGCUGCAGAAAGAGACUCUAAAACCCGAAAACAGACCACACUAAGUCAAUAGUGACAGUCUGGUAGUGUCUCUGCUGUUCCUGCAGGUUCUCAUGCAGCAUGCUGGAAUCUGCUGACAGGACCAUUUUCUUCUCCUGCUGUUACAACCAGCUUUGAGCUCCUCUCAGCUGACAGUAAUGACUGUUCGCAGUACAAACCUGCUAUGAAACACAACCGCACAGUCUCUUUGUUUUUCUAUUUUUAAUCUCAGCCCCCCUCUCAUCAAACACAGACUGAAUUAAUACUUCUAAAAUGUUUCUGUCCUCUAAUAGGAAACUGGGGAUGGACAUCUACUCAGGGACAUUCGCUCUCAUUGGAGCGGCCGCCUUCCUCGGGGGCGUGGUCAGAAUGACCAUCAGUCUGACGGUCAUCCUCAUCGAAUCAACCAAUGAAAUCACGUAUGGGCUGCCCAUCAUGAUCACUCUAAUGGUAAAGCUGCCGUUUGAUUCAUUUUGACAGUUUUUAGGGACAGCGGGGUACUCAAGUGGCUUGAGAGCAAAGCAAAUCAAAAAGACACCUGCUGUACGCUGUGGGGCAACAUCACACAGACAGGUUUGAUUAAUGUCUUUAGUGGUGUCUUAAAAAAACACUAUUUAAGCUCCUUUUAUGGCGGGGGUGGGGGUCUGGAUGUCCGGAUGUCCACCCCUGACAAUUUUUAGCAUCAGAAACUCUUAAUUUCGUACAUUCUGGUGAAUUUCUUUUGCAUCAUUUAGUUAAUUAUUCAUGGAUAAUUAUCAAAAAUGACUGCCAUUAAAUGACUGAGUCUGAUCUGAUAUUUGUCUCCUGGUCAUUUUAAAGGCUAGUAAUUAAAUCUAAAUCAUGUGAUAGAAUAAACUGUUUUAAUACUAAUAAUGAAGGCUAAAACUGAUUCUCAAACCUUGCAUGUCUGCUUAAUAUGUAUAAUGUACAUUAUCAAAAGGGCAUCAUAACACAUUUUACCCCUUGAAAAGGCGUUCAGAGGGCAUUUUAAGCUUAAAUUCACUGGAAGUGCAUUUAGACUUUUUUUUAUUUAAAGGAAGAACAUCCAGAGGACACUUGUUACAAUUUAUAUAUCAGAGGGGCAUCCAGAGGGCACUUUUCCAUGUAUUAUCCGACAAGAAGAAGAGCUUGUAAAUCUGUGUAAAGGCAAAAAAAAAGCACCGCAGAGGGCAUGUUAGACACUUUUAUUUACGUCAAGAGCAUUAGAGCCAGCACUUCCCCCUGCUUUGUUCAGACAUGAGGGCGCUAAGUUUGCCUCUGAUCAGGGAUGUGGUAAAUUGUAAUCCAAUUCAUGCUUGGAUUUUCAUGUGUUUUUGAAUUAAACGAACAUGCUCCAACUCUUAACUCUAUAACCAGGAUGAUACAUCCAUAAAAAACACUUUCUGGCUGUAUUGAUGAGCUGGAGCGCAGUGGUUUGGUUUCUGUGCUUACUGGACAGUCUGCAUCAGUCAUUCAAAUUUUCUUGCAGCCCCUCCAGUUUUAUUACAAUUAAGAUUUCAUAAAAAAAGAAGCCGUCUGUCAGUUUGUUUUUAUAGGAACGAAUCAUAACCUGAAUGAUUGUUAAGUCACUUUUUUUUUUUUUAAGUGGUGUGAAGUAAAAGAAUCAUUUCACAUUAUCACAUGUGCAUGGUGAAAUCUACGUUUUCUGCCAAUUACAUCACUGAUUUAAAGGUUCAUAUAUAUAUAUGUGUUUAAUGUUUUUAAAUCAGCAUUAUGCAGAAAUGACUGAAGUGUUGUAUUUGAUGAUGUUCUCAGGUCACUUUAUGUUCUUUAUCAUUUUCUUUUUACUUUCAGGUUGCAAAGUGGACCGGGGAUUUCUUCAACAAAGGCAUCUAUGACAUUCACAUCCAGCUGAGAGGAGUUCCUCUGCUGGAGUGGGAGACAGAGGUGGAGAUGGACAAGUAAGAUUACACAACCCUGAGCUCCCUGUAUGAGCUUUAAAACUGAUUUAUAACCUGCUUACGAGAAACGUAGAAAUAAGGAAUUUAAAAAAUGUGUAGUUUUUUUUUCUGAGAAAUCACAGACUGACACCAGCACUAGUACCUGAUAUUUCCUUAACCUUUCCAGGCUGACAGCCAGUGACAUCAUGGAGCCAAACCUGACCUACGUGUACCCCCACACCCGAGUCCAGUCCCUGGUUAGCAUCCUCCGCACCACUGUCUACCACGCCUUCCCUGUGGUCACUGAAAACCGACAGAACGAACGAGACUUCAUGAAGGGGAACAUCCUAGUCAGCAACAACAUCCGAUUCAAGGUUUGUCCUGUAAUGUCAAAUUUAAUAGGAGUUUAAGAUGGUCCCAGCUGACAGGAAGGAUCUGAUAGAUUUUAUUUUAAACCUCCUUUUCUUGUCGUCUUAACACAGUGCAAACAAAUCAUCCAGUACAUCUAAAGUAUAUAAACUAGAAAUAAAAAUUACACUGAAAAUUAAAAUCUCGAUUAUUUAAUUUUGUUUCAUUGUGUCUUCCAAUCUGAUUUUAGUUGAGACACUCCCUCAGGAUUUUUGUGUGCUCAGCAUUAUAACCAGCAGAUGGAGGUAGAGGCUUGAGUGCAGUGUCAGCAGACAUCUUAUUGCAAUCAGUUUUGGACAUAGAAGAUAAUCUGACAGACUAUUAAAAUAAAUAAUCUGUCAGUAAGUCUUUCACAAAAAAGGAAUUUACAAAACCUCUUCAACGGUUGUUUGCAGAAGUCCAGUGUAAUGACUCGGGCGGGGGAACAGCGGCGGCGCUGUCAGUCCAUGAAGUCGUACCCAUCCAGCGAGCUGAAGAAUGUUUGUGAUGAGCAGAACGCGGCUGCAGAGCCGGCAGAGGAGGGAGAGGACCUGCUGCAGCAGAUGCUGGAGAGGAGGUACGACACAAACACUGACAAAGCAAAUAAUGAUUCUAUGAUAGCCUCUUCUUGUACCGACCUGUGUGGUUGAAAGAGAUUAUUAGAAAUAAGAUUUGCUUUUUUAUUACUAAGAAUUUAAAUGCCUAUAUCUAAGUUGGAUUUUUUUUUGUGAGAAACGCCAAGUUGAUGGUCACUGUCUGCUGGUAAAGUUUGACAGAGAGAAGUAAGAUAGUUAGAAGGAGGAGUAUUUUCGGGGCUUUGACGUACUGUUUUGUCCUCAUGGCUGAUACUGGAUUAAGAUCAGCCAAAGACGUACAUUUCUGUCAAAGUCUAGUUUUCACUUGUGGUAAUAAAUCAGCGUUUAAGUUCAGUCAUUGUUAUGAUAGAGUUUAUAACUUAGCGCAGCUACACUGUACUUGUAUUAGGGUCAAAAGAAACAAGACAACAAUUGAGCAUUUUUGACUCCAAACACUGGUUAAUCAUGGCUGACUAUGUUUUUAAUGAAACCUCAGAGUUAGAUCCAAACUCAGAAAGUGAAGGAUAGUGGUGUAGUAUGUUUUAAAGACCAGUAGAGAGCAGCACUGACCUGCAAACAACAACAUAACACAAACAAUAGGGAUGACAACACACUGUUAUUUGGGGGUGAGAAAAUCUGUGUCUUCAUCGUCCACCUACAGACAUGCUCCGUAUCCAAACCUGUACCCGGAUCAGUCUCCCAGUGAGGAGUGGACCAUGGAGGAGCGCUUCAGACCCCUCACCUUCCACGGCCUCAUCCUACGCUCCCAACUGGUUAACCUGCUCAUCAGAGGGGUCUGCUAUUCUGAGAGCCAGUCGGUCUGUCGUAAACACACGCACACGCACGCACGCACGCACGCACGCACGCACGCACACACACACACACACACACACACACACACACACACACACACACACACACACACACACAAAUCUUUGUUCCUCUUUCAUUAUUAGGACCCUCGCUGAUGUUUUACAUUUACAAGCCAGCUUCAUUUUAUCUUUUUCAAAAACACACUUUUUCAAACAGGUUUUAAACUAAAUCAUCUUCACCUGGGGCUCAUGUUUUGUUUCAGCUACUUUCAUCUCUUAUUUUUGAUGUGAAUUUGGUAGUCAAUGUCUUAAACAGCCUGAAAGCACUUUAGGACAGACAAUAAACUUCUGUUAGUCAUCACACAGACACAAAUGCAAGUGCUAACAAAAUCAUUUUGUUCGUCUUACUUUGUGUCUUUACUGUCCGCUCUUUGUCCCAGAGUGCCACACAGCCGCGGUUAUCCUUCACAGAGAUGACAGAAGAUUACCCGCGAUACCCUGACAUCCAUGACUUGGACCUCGCCCUGCUUAACCCCCGCAUGAUAGUGGUACGACCUGUUUUCAGUAAAGAGGGAUUGACUCAGAAGCAUUUAUUAUAUGUGCCUUAAUUUUUGAAGAUAAGAUAAUAUCAGAGAAGAAGAACUGUAUUUAUCCAAGAGGGGAAAUUCAAUGAAAAGACAAUAAGAAACAUUUAAAUGCCAAAAAAGUCUCAGAUCCUGCAAACAUCCUCUACGUGCUUGUAACAUUGCAGUCCCUCUUUGUAAGUUUCAGGAGUAUUUGUAAAAAUGAAUCAGUGGUUGUGAGUUAAACAAUAUCAUUCAGAGUUUUAUAAAACAUCAUAUCUAGAUUAGAUAAAAGACUUGUGCUUCUUUUGCUCCCAGGAUGUCACCCCCUACAUGAACCCAUGUCCGUAUACAGUGUCACCAAAUACUCGCAUCUCCCAGGUGUUCAACCUUUUCAGAACUAUGGGCCUGAGACAUCUACCUGUGGUCAAUGCUGUAGGAGAAGUAAGUAGUCAUGGAAUAAAUGCAUUAUUACAAUCAUGAUUAUUUACUCUGCACAGGUGUACAGGUCACAACUCACAUUUUAAAUGACAAAUGAGAUAUGAAAAGUACAUCUUCAGUCUGUUUGCUCUUGUCAUCUUGGGCCAGAAAUGAAGAUUUCUGCAAGAGCAGGUCAAGACGUUUGACUGAGAAAAAGGCACAUUUUCUAGAAAAUAUCAAGACAAACUCACUUUUUCUUGCGCCUAGUUGAGUAAUCUCCAGCUCAACGUCAGUUAAAACUUGUUUAAGGCACUUCGAGGCGCACACACUUAUCAGACUUACAUGUUUUAUCCCCUUCAUAAAUGCAAUCUGUGGAUUUACAUAAAAAUGUGUCUGUAAUGUUUGAAUGCAACACAUUUUGGCUUAAAUCUGACUAAACUUAUGUUUCUGAUCUACUUUCUCUCCUCCAGAUUGUUGGAAUAAUCACAAGACAUAAUUUAACACACGAGUUCCUGGUGGCCAAACUGCGACAGCACUACAUCACCAUCUGACCAAACCUGACCCCACCUGUCCAACUCAGACUGUGUCCUAAGCCUUUGUCUUUGUCCUGCCCCGUCCCGUCCUGUCCCAUCAACAUGUAGGCAUUCCCAAACCAAACUGCACAUUAGUAACCACAAACACACACACACUCACAUGCACAAACACAUCCUUUGUGGUUCACUGUGGAUCACAGUUACCCACCAAGAGAAACCAGCAAGUCGUAUUUCACUCAAGAGUCAAACUGUCAGGCUUCAUGUGGUGAAGUUUCACCACUCAUACAUAUCCGUUAGUCUUUUUGAAACAUAUGUGAUAUUUUUAAAGUGUUACACAAGCUUACCUUUUAACAGUUGAUAAUCUAUACUACAGCUUGCCAGUAGGGGGAGCUCCAAAUGCUGUGGCUUCACUUUGAAGACCUGCUCCACUGUCCUGUCUUUUAACACACUAUAUAAUCAAAUGUAGCAGGAUAGCAUUGCAAAAACAAAGGAACAGUUGACAAAAUGUGCAAAUCAGUACACAGUUUAUAUUCAGUGCAUAUGGAUUUGUAUUGAGUGGGACAGAUUCAUAAUUAUCAUGGAACAAUAACAAAUGAAUUUAUGCACAACCUGUCUAAGGGUUUUUUAACACUUUGUUUUGUAACCAGUGUGUGCAGAUUUCAAAUCUAAACCAAAUCUGCACACACAGUUUACAAAUCUGUCUCCAGGAAUAACAAAUAUGUAUGCAUGAUUUAUAAAGUUUGCACAUGCUUUUGCAAACCUUGCACACAGACUAGCACAUGGUUCAGGAAAUGCGCCAUCUGUCUGUCUGUUUCGGCCUAAAUGCGAGUAAACAUCUAAAUUUCUGCUUGUUGGCUAUCUAAAAAUCAGUGUUAAACAGACACUGUAUUCAUCAUCUGCCCUAGAAACAGUCAGCUGCUUUUGUGUGCCUGCCCUCAGAAUCUACAUAGAUAAGUCUGUUUGUUUUACUGCCUCAUAUCAGAGGAAACUGUUGAUCUUAGUUUAACACCUGCAGCUAAACAGAUGACCUGAGUGAAAUACCACUUACAGAGGUUUCCAUUGGACCUUCAUGGCAGAAGUUUUGUUUGAUUUUUAACUAUGCUUUAUCAUUGUUGUCACUGUAGCACUUUUAUUUUUGAUCGUAUAUUUUUAUUUACUGUGUAAGUAACUGGAAUUAUCUGCACUAAAAGCAGGCUGAGGUCCCUCACAGCCUGCGAUUUAACUAAACCUCAGUAGUCGUUUAGUGCCCGUGUUUGUUCAGUCCACUUUCAUUAACGUUUUUAACUUUUGCAGCUGUUUGUAAAUACAUUAGCAUUGUUGAUUUGCACUUGUAAUAUGUAGAUUUAAUUCCACUGUCUUUCAGGCAGUUCAGUGUUAUUAUAAGCCCCGACUGAAAGGACUGUCCGUCUGACAGCCUCGACCAAGUUUCUGUUUUUUAUUCACUAUUUAGACACAGCUGCCAUUUUCUCCCAACCUCAUUAGCUCAGUGUCCAGGUCUCAGAUCUUUUAAAUAUCAAGAGUUUGACGAAUCACUAAAAUUUUACCAUUUUUUAUUUGUUCAGCAGCUAAAAGGACAGUGACUGGAUCAGAGGGACAUUUGGUCAUAUUUUAAACUAAAACAGCGUAUAAUCUUUGAGGAGGGUUGUAAUGUUCACAAAGUUGUGAGGGCUCGUUGAACUGUAAUUAUUUGAGGUCCUCUUGACAUUGGACCAAAAUACAAGUUUAACUACAUUUUUUUAGGGGAAAACCGACAAGGUACAGCAUUUGGCCACAUCCUAGCUAAUUUAUGCCUGUGAAUACACAGAAGCUAGACCUGGGAUGUAUCAAACAAAUAGUUAGGACAAGAAAUCGCUCCUAUUUUUUGUGAAACUCUCAUUAUGUUUGCUCCGGAAAGGCUGAGCGCUAAUAUAAACUAAUGCAAGAUUCUCAUUUGUUCUAGUUUUUGGUGCUUUUUAGCUGCUGAUCGGUCUUAAAGUGGUAAAAUAACUUUUUUGCCAGUAAUGUAAUAUGUAACCUUGAAUUCAAGGAUGCACCAUUCCCUCUUGGAUAGCAACAUUUAAGCUGAUAUCUGAGGAAAAUGGCAGCUGUUUGAAGUUACAGAGAAAUUUGAAGGACAUACAAAAAUCCUGUUUUUAGUCAAAUUCAUGUCUGAAAUAUUCCAUCUAGUCCUGAGCUGCAGGUUUUUAGCUGCACAUUAGAUCCACUCUAAUGAACUUAUUUUAGUGAAUCAUUCCUUAAAGGGACUGAAAAUGUGACUCAGAGCAAAUGCAAAGUAAAGGAGGUAAAGAGUGCUUUUAUUAAGACCACUGUAUGUCCGGUUUAUUGCUUAUGAGCAAAAUCGAUGGCACAUAUAUGUACAUCAAACAUUCCUGAUUUUGUUUCUUGUCUCUGCUUUAAGUUUUAUUUAAGAGAUUAUUUUUAUACAGUUUAUUUUGAUGAUUUUCUGCCUUUGCUGUGAAUAAAAAAGUCAUGCAGCUGCAUUUCAAAGGACCAAGGCUGUCCUGGAUGAUAUAAUUGUUCAUAGUCAUAAAGGCAUAUGCUUUUUACUUUAUUGAUUAAUGAUUGUUUUGAUGUUAUCCAUUUUAAAUACUUUGUACGGCACGUCAGGUGGUGUGCAGAUUACGAGAUUAAGGGAACAGUAGACCGUUCGUGUCCUACCAUGAAGCCGGACCUGGGACUGUUUGCCAAAUACUUUGUGUUUCUUAAGACAUACGUGAAGAUUUGGACAGGGCCCUGUGCUUGAUAGGGGAGUUUGUGAUUUCUACAGAUGUAGAAAACUGGCACAUUUGCUGCAGAACAAAAAAGCAGAGAGACCUCUGCGUCGUGCCUUUAUUGUUGUUGAGAUAAAUAAAGGUCUUUUGUUUUGUCAACCGCACAAAGUUCGACUGUUUUUCUUGAUUAUGAAAACUUAUAAAUGCUGGAAGGUUACAAAUG